AUGGCUGAAAACAUGAGAAAGCCAAAUUUAAGCACUAAAUCUCUAAACAGCAUUGCUCAAUUUCUGCUGCAAGGUUCAAUGACUGGAAAACCAGCAUAUGGCAAAUUCACUAAAGCAAGUUCCAAGUUUGGUGUUACAAGAAAGAUGAUUCAUAGAGUAUGGAAGAAAGCUCAAGAACAGUUGAAAUCAGGUCAGGCUAUUUCUUUGUGUAGUAAAAAAAGAACCCUAUGUCAUGCUAAAAAGAAGCCAUUUGAUAAAGCCACUUUGCAAAAUAUUCUUGUACACAAACGAGGGACUUAUAGAAAUAUAGCAAAAGAGAUGCAUGUAAGUAAGAGGCUUGUGGGGUACUGGGCAAAGGCAGGACUUAUCAGGCCACACACCAAUGCUAUCAAGCCUUCUUUAAGUGAGAAGAACAAGAUAGAGAGGUUGAAGUUUGGCCUCAAAUCAUUGGAAAUUAACGAUGAGUUGAAAGUAGUCCAAUUUAGAAGCAUGUCAAAAAUUGUGCAUAUAGAUGAAAAAUGGUUCAAUCUCACAAAGGAGACCGAGAGCUACUACCUAACACCGGAUGAGACAGAGCCAUAUAGGUUCUGUCAAAGUAAAAGAUUCAUCACCAAGGUGAUCCCAGCAAUAAAGGAAAAAUGGCCUGUCGACAGGGAUAAAAACAUUAUCGUUUAG